AUGCAGCUUCUGCCCUUCGACAUGUGGAAGGACUACUUCAACCUGAACCAGGUGGUGCUGGCACUGAGCCGGAGCUGGGGGCAAAGGCUGGAGGCCCCGGAGAUGGGGGGGCCCAACCCUGGGCCCCCACCGGGGCAGGAAUCAGGGCCAGCAGAGCGGGGAGCCAGCGGGACCCUGGGCACCCUGUGCAAUUUCUGCAAGCACAACGGGGAGUCCCGUCACGUCUACUCCUCGCACCGGCUGAAGACCCCGGAGGGCGUGGUGACGUGUCCCAUCCUGCGGCACUACGUGUGUCCCCUGUGCGGGGCCACGGGCGGCCAGGCCCACACGCUCAAGUACUGCCCGCUCAACGGUGGCCAGCAGUCCCUCUACCGCCGCAGCGGGCGAAAUUCAGCUGGCCGCAAGGUCAAGCGCUGA